GGCGCGAUCAGUAUGGAAGGGUGAGUUCAUGCUAUACGAGCCUUUCCCAUGCACUUCUCGCGCUGACAUGUGCUAUCAGGGCCCCAUAUUGUAGCCUUGCCGAUCGUGCGUGCGAAGCCUGGUGAGAGAACUCCGCCCGUCAAGACCCAGGCGAGAAGCGCCACGAUCCUACCAAACUUCGUUGGACUGGUCUUCCAGGUCUACAAUGGCAAGAUAUAUCACGAUGUUCGCAUCACGGAGGACAUGGUUGGUCACAAGCUCGGGGAGUUCUCCAUGACGCGGAAACGCUUCAUGUACAAGCAGACCAAGAACAAAUGAGGAGGGAUGUGUGGCGGCAUCUGCAUACUUGUAUGCAUGUUGGGGGAAAUGCAACCGCGAUGUGACUCUUGGGGGAGGAUAUGCUGCGGUGGAUAUAUUAUUCACGAUACUCGAGCGGGGACAUGAACAUGUGCAACGAUGACCGGCGACAUAUCUCAUAUCCGUUCCGGCCACGCCGCCCGAACCCGACUCAUCAGCGAUUGCGGCAAAGACGAACGGCCGGGAGGUAGAACUUUUGUGUCAGUGGACAGCUGUCAAAGUGGGACAGUUAAACCCCAAUGCGGUACGUAUCAGUGAGUGAGCACGACCUGCCUUUGGCCGGGCAGGUCGCAUGCAGCGACACUGCAGCAUAUAGAAUGGCGGACGGAAUCAAAAUCGACCAACG